UCGUGAAACACAAAGAUGCUUGAGACAGGAGCAUUCUGGGGAUUCACAGGCUCGACGAUGACGAGUCUUAUGUUCUUCUGGGCAAUGUACAAACAAUUUUUCCCUUACCAUCUCCGAGCCAAAAUGGAGAAAUGGGUUUGCAACUUGAUGGGAUGGGCUUCAAACUCUGUUCACAUCAAGUUCAACGAGUAUGCAGGAGAAGGUCUCAAGAGAAGCGAAGCUUACGACUCCAUACGCAACUACCUAUCCUCAAAAUCAACAGCUUGUGCAAAGAGGUUAAAGGCUAACGAAACGCAGAACAGCAAAUCGUUGGUUAUUAGCUUGGACGAUCAAGAAGUAGUUGAGGAUGUGUUUGAUGGUGUGAAGGUGAAAUGGUCUUCGAGUGUGACAAAGAGCAAAAAUAAAAAUGGUUCAUCGAACGAGAGAAGGUACCUGACUCUGAGAUUUCACAAUCGGGAUAGAGAGACGAUCACAAAGACUUAUCUUGAUCACGUUUUGAGACAAGGGAAAGAGAUUGGGCUGAAGAACAGAGAGAGGAAGCUUUACACUAACAAUAGCUCAUGUUAUGAUUGGUCUGCUUGGAGGGAAGGCAAAACAUGGUGUAAUGUUCCUUUUAACCAUCCUGCAACGUUCGAUACUUUGGCUAUGGAUCCUGAGAAGAAAGAAAAGAUCAAGAAGGAUUUGAUUAAGUUUAGCAAAGGGAAAGAUUAUUACAAGAAAGUUGGGAAGCCAUGGAAGCGAGGUUAUCUUUUGUUUGGUCCGCCUGGGACAGGGAAAUCGACCAUGAUCUCUGCAAUGGCGAAUUUCUUGGAGUACGAUGUGUACGAUCUUGAGCUAACGACUGUGACGAAUAAUUCUGACUUGAAGAGGUUGUUGUUGGACACUAAAGGGAGAUCUAUACUUGUGAUUGAAGAUAUUGAUUGCUCGCUGGGUCUUACGGGACAGAAGAGGACGAGAAAGGAGGAGGAAGAAGAAGAGGAAGACGAAGAGGAGUUGAGGAAGAGAAUGGAGAAGAAGUUACAUGAAGAAAGAUAUCAGAGCAAGGUUACUUUGUCGGGGCUAUUAAACGCCAUUGAUGGGUUAUGGUCAGCUUGUGGUGAUGAGAAGAUUAUGGUUCUUACAACGAAUUUUGUGGAUGAGCUUGAUCCGGCAUUGAUACGCAGAGGAAGAAUGGACAACCACAUUGAGAUGUCUUAUUGCAGGUUCGAAGCAUUUAAGGUUUUGGCUAAGAAUUACUUGGAGAUCAAGUCACAUGAUUUGUUUGGAGAAAUCGAGAGAUUGCUUGAAGAAACCGAUAUGUCUCCUGCUGAUGUUGCAGAGAAUUUGAUGCCGAAAUCUGAUGAAGACGAUGGAGACAUUUGCCUCGAGCGUUUGGUUAAGUCUUUGGUGGAAGAGAAGGAGAAAGCGAGGAAGUUGGCUGAGGAAGAAGAGAAGAAGAAAGCAGAUAAGGCAAACAAAAAGAAAAACAAGAAACCAAAAGAAGCAGAUAUUGAUGAAACCCUAAGCGAAGGAAACAGAGCAAACCUUGUCACUGAAAUCUUAGCGGCAAUCACAAAGAACAAGAACGGCGUUUGA